CAGGAGGAUUGACUGCAUGUCUUCACAUAUCUACUAUAUAGUUACAUGUGUGGGUGAUAGUGUAUUCAUUUCCGAGAGUACAUUGCCUAGCGUAUAAAACUUUCAGUAUCGGAAGUCAUUUGCGCGAGUAUUUAUGUGCCUAUGUACGUCGACCAAAGCCACAAAUGCACUAUAGUAUACAAGUACUGACACGCUGAUUGACCAAUAGCUGGAACCUUCCAAUGAUUAUUGUUGUCGUAUACACUGUGUACUGUCAUAUGUAGUUCAAUCUUUAAACCGGUUACAAAUAUUGUAAUACACUGUGCCAAGAUGCCUGAAAUUAUAGCUACUAUCUGUGUUCUGCGAACACACAUCGACGCGUGCGUGAGCUCAAUAAACAAAGCGGAAAGCGCAUCACAAGUAAAGUAUAUCCUGGCAGAUACUCUGCUACUGAUUAAACCAACAUCAUCGAAAAAGAACAUCCCGUUAAAAUCACAUCAGAAAGAUUUGAGUGUUCAAACAGCACCAUUAGAAGUAUCUACAUCUCACGAUGAUGUAGACCUUAGUGGGUUAAGCCAGUCUAAGGCAGCCUCGUGGAUUUGUGAUCUAUCUGAUGAUGAUCGCCUGCGAUGGUCCAAUACCCUUGUGUAUACCAACCCUGGCCAAGCGCAGUUCCGCCGACUCGUACAGGCUAUUAUCACAUGCGUGGGUGUGGAUUGGCUCGCUUGCUUCACACAGGCGGAAAAGAAGCGGCUGUACGAUCCGUUCUUUUUGCACCGCACGCACGUGUCUCUGGCCACGUGUGUGUUCAACACUCUCAGCGCUAUGCUUAGACACACAAGGGAUGUCGAUGUACAAGGUGCUGUGGUUGAUGUGUUGAUGGAACUGUUCGCAUCAGGCUGUAUACGUACGAUGUGGCGAUCGGAAAGUCAAGGUCAUAUCUCACAUAAACCAGAGGGACACACUCGCAUAAACUUAGAAGUAACAUCUACGACACGCGUGUACGCAAAACAGCCUGGCGAUACUGAUACACACAAUAAUGGAGGUGAACACAUGUCUGUACAUGCACAGAAUAAUCGUAACCGUAAACCCUCGUCCAGCGCUCAGGCGAUAGCCAUUGCAUUGCGAUCUCUGCCAGACAUUGCGGCAAACGCAUACGGUGUUGUUGCGCCACCACUGCCACUGAGACAUGAUGAGUAUGCCCGUGCACUGAUGCAUGAGCUGGUGAGUGAUGUGUGUGGGGCGGAGCGAGAGUGUGUUUGUGGGGUGGAUGGUGGGGAAUCCCAUGGGCGCAAUGACAGUACACGGCCAGAGAAUGACACCAACAGAGAAACAUAUACACCUCCUUCAAACGCCAAUGGUAUACAUGCACAUGAUAUACGUACACAGGAAAGGCAUACGGUUGGUGCCGUCUCACAAGGUACAUGCGUGCACUACGACAGCUCAGUAGUAGGGGCAAUUAUCUCAUCGCUGUGUAUAGGUGCCGCUCAGACCGACACCGUGUGCGAUGUGUUAGUGAGGGAGGCGUAUGUGCACACACUUGGGUUGCAGGCGCUGGUUGCCUGCAUACCCGAGAUGGUCAUGGACAGGAUCGUGCAUAGAAUCCUUAGUAAUACCAGGGGGAUGUGCAAUCUGUACAACACCCCUGCACACACAUAUGCGGUACUAGAACGGCUGCUGAGCGGGCGAGUCAGAGAUCUCACACGGCCAAGCGUGGCGGUGGGCAUUGUGAGGUUGUUGGGCGCGUAUGUGCCACAUGCGGUGGUGCCGAUGUUGACGAAUCUGGUGGCUGUGUGGGGCGAUGAGGUGUCCAUGCGCCACACACCGUACACCCAACACUUCUAUCAAACGGUGGUUAUCAUAGCUUGUAUGGCUCAGUUUAAGACCACUCUUCCGCUAAGCGAGGACGAGAGACUGGACGUAGUCACGAAUACCAUGGGGGCUAUCCACGCCCAUAUCAACACUCCCAUCACACAACUGCGCUCGCUCGGCAUGGCUGCGGCGAUGCAUAUACAGCAGACGCUUACACCACAACACGACCUAGCAUUCGACAUUCACCCUUCAGACGAUACCGAACUUCUCGCGAUUGUUGCGUGCGGUGAUGAGUGGCCGCAAUGGGACGCAGCACAGAUAUACGAUAUUAAGGAGAGCGAGGAAACGUACGCGUGCACACUGUCAAGUCCGCACACAAAUCGUUCUGGAAAACACACAGAGCACUCCAAGACACACCAAAUGCACUCACAAACUCAGUCACAGACUCAGUCACAGACACAACUACUAGAAAGAGAUUCACAGAACUCCCAGAACUCCCAGAGGGUGAUACAGACACACACGCACGCAGAUAGGAAGAAAGGGGAAGAGAAGAUUGUGCACGAAAGUGAAGAGCCUCGACACAGGAGAAAUGAAAGACACCUAGACGACUUGGACAAGCCUCUGUUUGAGGCAGGCGGGGAAUCGGGGAGUGACACUGACACUGACACCGACAGCGGAAGUGAUAGUGAGAGUGACAGCGAUGACGACGGGCUACUCCCGUACGAUUUACCUACGGAGGAGUACAUAACGGACCCAGAAGCGCUGAAGGAUCCCAAAGCACCGCCGUACCUACGCACGUGUGUUAUGGGUCUGCGUGCAUCGGCUGACAAGGAGCCGCAGCGUAUUGCGGCGUCGUUGAAGGUGGCUGCGGUUCUAAUAACACAGACACAGGCGCACAAUCCUACGCUUGUGCGAGAAGUGUGUGAGGACAUGCUCACCAUUCUGCUGCAUCUGGCCGAUGACCUGGGUCUCGCCAACCAUGCUAAGUUACGGAUGGAUGCGAUGGUUGCCAUGGCAACGGCAGUGCCUGAUGUGAGUGGCAAGUACCUCGCAGAGCAGUUUUAUACCGAGAAUUACAACUUGAUUCAGCGCUUCGAUGUGCUCAAGGUAUUGGAGACCGCUGCAGUACAAUUGUCCGCUGUAAGUCUGGACGCAAUGGUCGACGGGCGGAGGAGUAUACAGCCCAUCACGCCUGGCAGCCGCUUGGUACCACUGGCAGCCAGUGACAGGGCUGUGCUCAAUGAGGGUGUGCGUGCAUGGGGCCGUAGUAUUGAAGUGACUGUGAGUGGAGGAGAAGACGGAUAUAAUAUGAACAGCUGGGACAACACAGUGCAGAGUGAGGAGGUUGUGCUGAAGAAGCCUGUAACUCGAAAACCUGUGGAGCGCCGAUUCAAGAAAGCUGCUUAUGUUGAGGGACAGUACAACAAGUUUGCUAAGGUCGCUCAUUUCUCCUUCUAUGGUCUUAUGUCAAAGUAUGAUGCUGAGAAAUCUGCUCGAUGGCUUGGUGAGGCCGAGGGCAUGCUGCUAUCUUCCCUGCUCAACACAUUAGGCACCAUGAUGCGAUGUGCCUCCAACUCGCCCCAGGCUGUUGCCAUGGCAACGGCUCUCAUAGAUUUCGUAUUCGCGGUGCGAUUCCACACUGAAACAGCCGUGCGACGGUCGAGCUUGUAUGCGUUGCUGACUAUACUAACAUCUCUACCACAUGAAGUGGUGCUUGUCGAUCUGGCACCUUAUCUGACAGAGAUUUUGGAGUGGCUGCAUUCUGUGGCCGAGGCUGAGGCUGAUGUUCCAACUCGUGACGCAGCAGUAGCCUGUGCGUCUGCAUUGCACAACAUCGAAAAGAAGGCCAGAGCACAGUGACACAUGAUGCUAUAGCACAUAUCUAGCGCAAUAGUACCGAACUAUAUAUGGGACUACACCGCACGCCGCACGCAACUCACGGUACAUCAUAGACCAUCUAGAUCGGAAAGUUCAGUUCUUGUACUUGAUUCAUAUCAGGGCCCAUAUCACACACUGUCAUGCGUGGUAGAUGUCUUUUCAGCGUGAUGAUAUGGAAGUACUGGUGCAUUGAGAAUGGUCGGGAGUGUCGCGUGGGGUGGGGUAGCCAUAAAAAUGAUCAGCUGCCGUGAGGGCUGACAGGCGAGAAAUCAAUUGCGACAGAGCAAGCUUGUAUUCUGAAUGGCGAACUCGUGCAAAGCGUCGUUUACACCUACAUCACCUAGCUCUUACAACCUAGUGUAGCGUACGCCCUGUAGCGGGGCGUCCACCCAAACAAAACAUAUUUGAUCACCUGAUAUAUGGAGGAGCUCAGGGACACGGGUUUGACAGGCCAAAUGCAAUUGCAUACGAAUAUACCGCCAUGACCGUUCAUUGUAUCCUUUAAGUUGCGACUCCAACACACGUGGGUAUUUGCAGAAUGUGGGCAGGACUACCUGACGGUAGAACCCAAAAUGGAACUGAAAUCCAUCAAGUUUGGAUCAAGUAGUUCACAAUUCCAAUCACCAUGUCGUAGAAAUGUUUGCCGGUCAACCUUUUUCUAAGACAAAGCUUGUUCUUUUUUUUUUAGCUAUUACACAACUACA